UGCGGGCGCCUCCCAAGAUGCUCCAGGGAUGCUCUGAGCGAAGGAUGCAGGUGCAGCCCGACUGGUCCUGAUGCGAGUAGGCCCCGCCUUCUUCCGAACGGCCCUCGGCAGAAGACUCCGCCUCCGUCCGAAAAGUUCCGGAAGCCCGGCCCGGCCCCUUUCCGGAAGCUCUCCGCUAGGGGAUCCCCCCCCCCGCCGUCGCCGGGAUUUCUUGGGAGUGAGACCCCGCCCACCCGCGGGCUGUGGGUCCCUCAGGCGAGAAGCCCCGCGGCCCGAACUAGAAGCGCAGGUUGAAAAACAGGACACAGACGACACUCCAAGCUUCUGGAGACUUCCUUGGCAUUUGGGAGAGGAUGGGACACGGGUGGGAUGUGUACAAUGUUGCCCUGUAAGAAGAGAAGGACUACGGUGACCGAGUCGCCACAGCACCAGGGCAGCCAGGAGGAAGAGGACCUAGACCUGGAGUCCGCUGUUAGACCAGUGUCUGAGCAGGUGAAAGACUUGGGGUCAGCGCCGCUCUCUGGGGGACCAAGUCAUGGCCGAGCGGCCGGCCUCCAGGUGCAGUCCGCCCAGGAAGCCGGGGAUCAGCUUGGUGAGGCGGAGCCACCCUCGAGCUCCAGGGUGCUCACUCAGGGCGCACACGCGCCAGUUCUGGGAGCUGUUGACGCGGCCGCCUCUCAGGGAACCGCCCUGCCUUCCUCGGAGUCUUCCCAGCCCCUUACUGUACACACUGGAAAAGGAAAGGUCCCGGCCCCUGGCUCAAGGAGAGGGAAGAAGAUCGCACUGAGGCCUGGGCCAGGUCCCCAGGAAGACAGAGCUGAUCAUCCUGUUACAAAGGAGCCUUUUCCCGGAGAGCCUAGUGAAGAAGUCAAGGAGGAAGGAGGAAAACCUCAGUUGCACUCUGGAGGGGAGAUGCCUUCGCUGCCGCUCGGCGCCCACCCUGCAAAACCGGGAGCCCUGCCUGCGAAGUCCCCUCCAUCACAUGUCUGUGCCUGCCCUCAAGAGAAGCCGCUUGGGACUCUAGCUCCGCAAGCUGAGGAUGAGACAGAGGAUGGCGGGCUCUUCAUCCCGAUGGAAGAGCAAGACAGUGAAGAAAGCGAGAAAAGGCGAAAAAGGAAAAAGGGGACCAAGAGGAAACGAGAUGGAAGGGGUCAGGAAGAAGGCACCUGGGCUUGCGACCUGAAGCUGGACGACGUGCUGGACCGCACGCUGGAGGACGGCGCCAAGCAGCACAACCUGACCGCCGUCAACGUGCGCAACAUCCUGCAUGAAGUAAUCACAAAUGAGCAUGUGGUAGCUAUGAUGAAAGCGGCCAUCAGUGAGACAGAAGAUAUGCCCAUGUUUGAGCCCAAAAUGACACGCUCUAAACUGAAGGAAGUGGUGGAAAAAGGAGUGGUAAUUCCAACAUGGAAUAUUUCACCAAUUAAGAAGGCCAAUGAAAUUAAGCCCCCUCAGUUUGUGGAUAUCCACCUGGAAGAAGACGACUCCUCAGAUGAGGAGUACCAGCCAGAUGAUGAAGAAGAAGAUGAGACGGCUGAAGAGAGUUUAUUGGAAAGUGAUGUCGAAAGCACCGCUUCGUCCCCACGUGGGGCGAAGAAGUCCAGACUGAGGCAGCCCUCGGAGGUGACUGAAACAGACGAGGAGGGCGGCGUGUUGCCGGAGGCUGAGAAAGUCCCCACACCUGCCGUCAGGCACAUCAGCGCCGAGGUCGUGCCCAUGGGGCCCCCGCCUCCCCCAAAGCCCAAGCAGAGCAAGGAUAGCACUUUCAUGGAGAAGCUGCACGCCGUGGAUGAGGAGCUGGCUUCCAGUCCGGUGUGCAUGGACUCUUUCCAGCCCAUGGACGACAGCCUCAUUGCAUUCCGGACCCGCUCUAAGAUGCCUCUCAAAGAUGUGCCCCUAGGGCAGCUGGAGGCGGAGCUCCGGGCUCCCGACAUCACGCCGGACAUGUAUGACCCCAACACCGCCGACGACGAGGACUGGAAGGUGUGGCUGGGCGGGCUCAUGAACGACGACGUGGGGAACGAGGAUGAGGCCGAUGAUGACGACGAUCCAGAGUACAACUUCCUGGAAGACCUUGAUGAGCCAGACACAGAGGAUUUCCGCACCGACCGGGCAGUGAGGAUCACCAAGAAGGAAGUGAAUGAACUCAUGGAAGAGCUGUUUGAAACUUUCCAGGACGAGAUGGGGCUCUCCAAUGUGGAGGAUGACGGCCCGGAGGAGGAGGAGCGCGUGGCCGAGCCGCGGCCGAGCUUCAACACCCCGCAAGCCCUGCGGUUUGAGGAACCGCUGGCCAACUUGUUAAAUGAGCAGCACCGCACAGUGAAGGAGCAGCUGGAGCAGCUGAAGAUGAAGAAGUCCUCGGGCAGACAGCAGCAGGAGGCCGAGAGGGUGAAGCCCCAGAGUGAGAAAGUCCAUCAGACGCUGACUCUGGACCCUGCGCAGAGGCGGCGGCUCCAGCAGCAGAUGCAGCAGCACGUGCAGCUCUUGACGCAAAUUCACCUUCUCGCCUCCUCCAACCCCAACCUCACGUCGGAGGCCAGUACCACCAGGAUAUUUCUCAAAGAGCUGGGUACCUUUGCUCAGAGCUCCGUCGCUCUUCACCAUCAGUUCAACCCGAGAUUUCAGACCUUGUUCCAGCCGUGUAACCUGCUGGGGGCCGUGCAGCUCGUGGAAGACUUCAGCACACACGUGAGCAUCGACUGGAGUCCUCGCAAAACCGUCAAGAAGACCGCAGAUGAAUUUCCCUGUUUGCCAAAGCAAGUGGCUUGGAUCCUGGCCACGAGCAAGGUGUUCAUGUAUCCAGAGCUGCUUCCGGUGUGUUCCCUGAAAGCGAAGAAUCCCCAGGAUAAGAUUUUCUUCACGAAGGCCGAGGACAAUUUGUUGGCGUUAGGGCUGAAGCACUUUGAGGGGACCAAGUUCCCGAAGCUGCUGAUCAGCAAGUACCUCCUCACCUGCAAGACGGCCCACCAGCUGACCGUGCGGAUCAAGAACCUCAACAUGAACCGUGCGCCCGACAACAUCAUCAAGUUUUAUAAGAAGACCAAACAGCUGCCCGUCCUGGUGAAGUGCUGUGAGGAGAUCGAGCCGCAUCAGUGGAGGCCGCCUGUAGAGAGGGAGGAGCAUCGGCUUCCAUUCUGGUUAAAGGCCAGCCUGCCGUCCAUCCGGGAGCAGCUGUGCCGCAGAGCUGACGGCGCCAGAGGGGUAGGAAGUGUGACGGGAGCCGCUGAGGUCAGCUCAGAGCCAGGCCUGGGGACAGGCAGCUCGGAACUGGGCAGUGAGACUCCGUACCCACUGCUGUUGCCCAAGGGUGUAGUCCUGAAACUGAAGCCAGUUGCCAACUGUUUUUCCAGGAAGGCCUGGAGGCAGAAGCGGCCACCUGUCCUGAAGCCCCUCCUAAUCAGGCCCAGCCCCUCCCUCCCGCCUGGCUUGGCCCCCGGGAAAACUCCGGCGCCGUCUGCUCAGGCCGAAGCCCCUCCUAGCAAAAUGGUGGUUCGAAUUCCUCACGUGAUCCAGCCAGCUGCCGUCGUACAGACGGUGCCAGGUGUCCCUCCACUGGGGGGCCCUGGCGGAGACGGCUUUGAGUCUCCGGCUGCACUGCCUCCCACGACUCCCGAGGCCAGGACUGGCUUCCCUCUGUCUGAGCCGCAGACCGUGCUCCCCUCUGCCCCUGUGCCCAAGGUGUUGCUGCCCUCACUGGCCCCUUCUAAGUUUCGAAAGCCAUGUGCAAGGCCAAGAGCCUCAAAGAGAAAGGGGGCCAAGGCCUCUCUGUGUCUGGAGCCAGCCUCCCUCAUCCACCCCGUACCUGUUAUCUUCACCGUGCCCGCCACCACGGUCAAGGUCGUGAGCCUUGGCAGUGGCUGCAGUGUGAUCCAGCCUGUCAGCGCGGCCGUGGCCCAGAGCCCACAGGCCAUUCCCAUCACCACCCUCCUGGUGAACCCCACUUCGUUCCCCUGCCCGCUGAACCAGCCUCUGGUGGCCUCCUCUCUCCCACCCCUCAUCGUCUCCGGCAACUCUGUGAGUCUUCCUGUCCCCGCCGCCCCUGAAGAUAAGACCCAAGUGAGCGUGGACAUCGGUUGUCCUUCGGCUGAAGCGAAAGAUGCCUUUCAAGGCCUGGAACCCAAAUUAGAACCCCAGGAACCGUCUCCUCUCUGUGCCCCUGUCUUCCCCAAAGAGGAGCACAGCCCAGGGCCGCCGGCAGCAGACCGCGUGUGCCAGGAGGAGCUGUCAGAGAACAGCACCCGUGGCCGGACCCUUGGGAAAGCGGAGGACGGGGGCCCGGGUGUGGAGUCGCCACUGCCGGGCUCCCGAGAGUCUGUGAGUGUGCCCGCCGGGGACACGGAGGAGGCCGUCAAGGUGGAGCCUAACGAGCCCGGGGAGGGCGCCGGUGAGGACAGCGGGGGAGGGCGCCCUGAGGGGCUGGACGCUGGCUUCCCAGGGGAGGGGCCCGGUGAGCCCAGGCGGCCGCCCGCCCCGCAGCAGCAGGCGGAGGACGGAAGUCCGCCCGCGGGAGCCGCCGCAGCCUCUCGGGACGAGGGACGCCUGGGCGCCGUGAGCAGAGGCUCGCCGAAGGUAGCGCCGUCCUGUGCCGACGCCGACGCGGUGCGCAGCAGCCCCCCAGGCACGUUUGAGGCCGUGGCCGGCACCGACAGCCAGGCGGCCGGGACCCCGGCUGGGCCGGAAGCUGGGGUGGAAAAGGACGGGCCGGAGGAGGAGGAGGAGGAGGACUUUGACGACCUAACCCAGGACGAGGAGGACGGGAUGUCCUCAGCCUCCGAGGAGUCUGUGCUGUCCGUCCCAGAGCUCCAGGAGACCAUGGAGAAGCUGACCUGGCUGGCCUCCGAGAGGCGCGCGGGCCAGGAGGGCGAGUCCGAGGAGGAGAACUCCCAGGAGGAGAACUCUGAGCCCGAGGAGGAGGAGGAGGAGGAGGCAGAAGGGAUGGAAAGCCUGCAGAAGGAGGACGAGAUGACAGACGAGGCCGCCGGGGACCCUGCCGAGAAGCCGCCGGCCGCCCUCGCCUCGCCCGGGACCGCUCCGGAGGCGGAGGCCGGCAGCGCCCCGCCAGGAGAGGGCGGCAGGGCCGCGGGGAAGGGCCGGAGCGGCCAGCGGGCUCGCGGCAGGCGGGGAGGCCGGGCCCGGGCCAGCAAGGACACCGCCAAGCUCCUGCUGCUGUACGACGAGGACAUUCUUGAGCGGGACCCACUCCGGGAGCAGAAGGACUUGGCCUUCGCCCAGGCUUACCUGACCAGGGUGCGAGAAGCCCUGCGGCACGCCCCCGGCAAGUACGAGGACUUCCUCCAGGUCAUCUACGAGUUCGAGUCCAGUGCUCAGAGGCAGACGGCUGUGGAUCUCUACAGAAGCCUGCAGCUUCUGCUCCAGGACUGGCCUCAGCUGCUCAAGGACUUUGCUGCCUUCCUACUGCCCGAGCAGGCCCUGGCCUGUGGAUUGUUUGAGGAGCAGCAGGCUUUUGAGAAGAGCCGCAAGUUUCUCCGGCAGCUGGAAAUCUGCUUCGCGGAGAACCCCUCGCACCACCAGAAGAUCAUCAAGGUCCUGCAGAGCUGCGCCGACUGCCUGCCCCAGGAGAUCACCGAGCUCAAGACGCAGGUGUGGCAGCUCCUCAAGGGCCACGACCACCUGCAGGACGAGUUCUCCGUCUUCUUUGACCACCUGCGCCCGGCGGCCAGUCGGCUGGGCGACUUCGAAGAGGUCAACUGGACGGAGGAGAAGGAGUACGAGUUUGACGGCUUUGAGGAAGUGGCCCUGCCAGAUGUGGAAGAGGAGGAGGAGCCCCCCCGGGCGCCCGCGGCCGCAAGGAGCAAAAGGAGGAGAGAGAUCGGGGCCCAGAACCACGACAAGGACGCCGAAUGGCCCGAUGGCGCCAGGGACUGUGCCUGCUCCUGCCCCGAGGGAGGCCCCGAUCCCAAGCUGAAGAAGAGCAGGAGACGAGGGUGUGGCCGCUGCAGCAGCCGGGUCUGUGAUGGCAGGUCCUACAAGAGCAAGGAGCCCCACGAGUCGGCGGGCGGCAGCCCCCAGCGGGAGGCCAGCCCCGGGCCUGGUGCUAAGGAGGCCGGGCAGCGCAAGGACGUGCUGGAGGAGGAGGCCCCCGACGAGCUGGAAGGCGUGGAGGCCACCCCGGGCCCGCCGGGCAGGGGAGCUGUGCCCGGCCCAGCAGGAUCAGCAGUGGGGAGCACUCAGGAAGUGACCCUGACAGAGCGGCUCUCCUUGGAGGACCCCCCGCCCUGCUCGCCCGACACUGCCCUGCUCUCCAGUUCUGGAGCCGUGGUUAGGAGAAACCAGGCCGAGGCGUCCCCCAGACUUCGGGAUGGGGCCGAGGACCAGGAGGCAGUGGGUGAGCCCCAGCCUUCCAUGCCGGCCUGGGAUGCGCCGGCAGCCGAGAAGUGGCCAGGAACUGAGGAGAGCCCUGCUUCCUUCCCGAGUCCCGUUUCCUCAAGGACCAGAGACGUAGGGAGGAGGCGCUUGUCUGAGGUCUCGGACAGCCCGCGGGGCUGGUUGCUCUCGAGCAGAGCCGGGGUGCAGACCGCAGACAGGACGUCGCCCGUCCACGACUCUUCGUCAGGAAAGGACACCUCAGAGACUUCCUCCAAGGCCUCUAGGGGAGGGUUGCCUAAGGACCGUGGAACGCAGGGCAAGGGCCCAGUGGGUGAGCAGCAGCCGAAGACCACAGAAGCCACGGUCUGUGCCAACAACAGCAAGGUCAGCUCCACUGGGGAAAAGGUGGUGCUGUGGACAAGGGAAGCCGACCGCGUGAUUCUCACCAUGUGCCAGGAGCGGGGGGCACAGCCGCAGACGUUCAGCGUUAUCUCCCAGCAGCUGGGGAACAAGACCCCGGCCGAGGUCUCCCGCCGUUUCCGGGAACUCAUGCGGCUCUUCCACACGGCGUGCGAGGCCAGCUCGGAGGAGGAGGAGGACGCAGCCAGCACCAGCAACACGGACCAGCUGUCCGACCGCGGGGACCUCCUGUCCGAGGAGGAGCUGGACGCGUGACCCUGGGCGCACGCGGGUGUCGUCUGCUGGCCCCGGCGGGCAGCGUUUGCGCUGCGCUCGUGGCCCCUGCAGCUCUGGGUGUAGGGCCACGGGCACAGGG